CUGAUAAUCCCCACACCUUCCAAGAAUUAAAAGAAGGAUUUGACAGCUAGGAACUUAAGAGAACUACUCUUUGCACCUCCUUUAUAGGUAUCUCAUCUGUCAAUAACUCCAGCUAAAUCUUGCACCUGGAUGCGGUUCGGCUACUAUGCAGCUAUCUGUAAUUUUAGCCUUGGUGCUCCUAGUCUACGGCGUAGAAGCGCACUUCACAUUCUCCCAUCUCCUUGUCAACAACACGCAAUUUUCUGCGUGGAAAUACGUUCGGGACGUUGCUCUCGGCACUGAUAGCUUUGAGGCGUACCCUAACCACCCUGAAUGGAACAAGACGUUCCCGCAAUUUGACUUAGCAUCUCUGGACCUUCGCUGUGGACGUUCGGCCUACAAGCCAUCCCCAAAAACACUUACUGCUGAUAUUGUGGCUGGGUCGCCAAUUGGAUUCCGCAUAGCGCAGAACUGGCCCUGGGAUGAUUUCUCGGCGCGCAUUCAGCACCCUGGCCCCGGGCAGGUCUACCUGGCGAAGGCACCGAAGGGGGUGAGCGUAGCUGAAUGGGAUGGCGACGGGGUAUGGUUUAAGGUGGCGUAUGCGGGCCCAGUAAGCGAUACAAAGUGGACUCUGCAAAAUGGAGUUGAUUUCAACUUUACCAUCCCUCACACCACGCCUCCCGGUACUUACCUAAUGCGCGUUGAGAUGAUCUAUCCCAACGUACUACCUGAGACAUUAGGGACCCAAUUUUAUGUCAACUGCGCGCAAGUCAACAUUCUCGGGCCUGGAGGUGGGACGCCAAAGGAUUUUGCCAGAUUCCCUGGCGCUUAUACAAAGGAUACACCCGGAGUUAAGAUGGACGAGGCGGCAUUCGGGCCACCCCUAAAUCGGAACUUGAACCGGUAUCCUAUUCCUGGGCCGGCAAUUUGGACAGGGUGA